UAUCCGCGGAGCUUGAGUAUCAGCGAAGGGUUCAGUUCUGAUUGAUUGAUUGAUGAGUUGUUCAGUGAGACAUGGCGGCUAGCUUUGGGGAGAGGUUACUGGCAGAAGUGCAUGAGGAGAGACUGGAUGAGCUUUUACAUGACUUACGUGACCUAUGUCAAGAGAGUAUCGGGCGAGACGCCCUGAAAACUCGUUUCGGGGUCAGCGCGCUCGAUAGCCUCCUGGAUAUCUUCACCGCACCUGCUCCGUCAGGACAGCAUGUACAUGUACCAGAGCCUGUGCGGGAGACUCAGAUUGCCGAGCACGAGCCUGAUGAUGAGCUUCCACGAGAAGCAGCUGAAGACACUGCUGACAUCCAUCUCGCCAAUGUCACGGUGUCUGCCCCCACUAGCCGUGCAGAGCCGGUCUUGGAGAUAUCCAGCACAUCCUCUGCAGCUGGAAAGUCACAUCUACUGUACUACCUAACUGCUAUUGCGAUUCUGCCAUCUGAGUUCAACAGUAUCCAGCUUAGAGGGCGCGAUUCGGCCGCGGUGUAUAUCGACACCGAUGGACGCUUCGACGCCGAACGCCUUCGUACUGUCCUGCGAGGCUUGGUCGAGGCCAAAUGCAAGGCACAGGGUAAAGUCCCGCUCGACGAGGACGCAGAGAACAUGAUAGCCUCCUGUCUGCAGCAUGUCCAUGUUCUCCGUCCGCAGUCUUCAUCGGCCCUCCUCGCCACACUCCAGACGCUGGACACGUACCUCCUAGAUCUCCCCCGCCAUGUAUCCGGUUCUCGAGCGCUCCAACUCAUCAUCCUAGACAGCGCCAAUGCCUUCUACUGGCAGGACAAGCUGCAGGAUGAAGUGACCCGGGUCGGAGACAUAGGACGUCCAGCUGCGGAGAUCGAGAACAAUCGGCGGCAGAAACAAGGCUUCUACCUCUUCGACAUGUAUACGGACCUGGUCAGGGAACUCAAGCGGCUGCAGCGAGUCUUCAGCUGCGCGGUAGUCUUCACCACGACUGCUGCGCCAUCUACAAAACACGACCAUCGCCCCCCUGGCUACCAACCCUCGGGACCGUAUGACCUGUAUAACCCCGCUGAUGCGCCUGCGUUCCGGAUGCCGGCAUUUCGACCCGCUCUUCCAGCGCCGUGGGGAACGUUUCCCACUUUACGAAUUGUUGUUCAGCGGGAUACGGUUCGACAGUUUGCUGUUGCGAUCGACCUGCAGCAGGCUGAACGGCAGGCGGCCAAGCGGCAGGAAUUGGUUAUGCGGGGGAAGUUCUCCGGUUGGGUAAAUAUGUGGGGAUGUGAGGAGUGGCCGCGGAGAUGGAUCGAGGGGAUUGAAGCACUGGAUGGAGGCAUGUUGUUCUUUCGGGUUGGCAGGGAUGGAGUUCAAUUCGAUUGA